UUCCUUGUUGCCGUCCUCGUGUGUGAGAAGACGAAGAAACCCCACGACGAUGAUUGCUGGUGGUCUUGUGCGCGGUGUGCGGGCUGCUGCGAGCCGUGUGGCCGUGAGAGCGGCUGUUGCUGGCCGUCGCGGUGGUGUGCGUAUGGCAUCCACCUCUGGCGGGCACAGCGCACACUCCUCUCACGCCUCUCAUGGCGGCAAGGCCGUCGCCACCGUCAUUGGCGCCGGUGCCGCCGCGUACUUCCUGUCGGACAUGCUGUUCCCAAGCCCCCCAACAGCACCGCUGAGCCAGAAGGACAUUGAGCAGCACCAGCAGAAGGCGUCGGAGAAAGCCCCUGAGCCAGAGCAGAAGGAGGAGGAGACCGCAACCCCUGCGUCCACGGAGUCCAACGACGAAGCCGCCAAGGAAGAGCCCGAGCAGCAGCAGGAGCAGGAGUCUGAGACAACACCCGCUGCAGCCGAGGAUGCAUCCAAGGACGAGGCAGCCGCUCCCGAGGCCGCAAACCUUCCGCUUGCAGCCACGUACGUGAUCAUUGGUGGCGGUCCCACCGCCUUCUUUGCCGUUCGCGGCAUCAUGGACCGGGACAAGAACGCAAAGAUCAUCAUUGUUUCUGCGGAGGAGGACAUCCCAUAUGCGCGCACACCACUUUCCAAGGAGCUCUGGUUCAAGGACCAGACAGACGAGAACGACUUCUCCUUCACGGACUGGGGCGGCCGCACGCGCGACAUCUUCUUCCGCAAGCCGAACUUCUACCAGACGACAGAUGAGCUGAUGGCCUCCGAUGACGCCGGCGUCGCGUUCAUCCCAAAGACAAAGGUGCUGACGAUUGACCACUACGACAAGAUCCUGGAGCUGGAUGACGGGCGCGCCAUCCUCUACAACAAGUGCCUCAUCGCCACAGGCGGGCGCCCGAAGCGACUGCGGCAGUUUGAGAACAAGGGCGACCUCUCGGAUCGCGUCAUCUACUUCCGCACCGUUGAGGACUACAAGCGCCUUCGUGCUCUGAGCGACAGCGGCAAGGACGUGGCCGUCAUUGGUGGCGGUUUCCUCGGCAGCGAGCUGGCUGUUGCCCUCGCCACAAACGGCAAGAAGCACUCUGGCGCUGUCACGCAGGUCUUCCCGGAGAGCGGCAACAUGGCGCAGGUGCUGCCGGAGUACUUGUGCAAGUGGACGACGAAGAAGGUCCGCUCGACCGGUGUGAAUGUUGUCACAGAUCGCAAAGUCGUCGACGCCUCCUUCAACGCUGAGGAGAAGAAAGUGACGCUGAACCUCGACAACGGCGAUGACGUCAAGGCCGACUACGUGCUCGUUGCCGUUGGGAUUGAGCCGAACACGGAGCUUGCGCGUCGGAGUGGUCUUGAGAUUGAUCCCGUCAAGGGCGGCAUCCUCGUCAACUCGGAGCUCGAGGCCAGGCGCGACAUCUGGGUGGCCGGCGACGUUGCGAGCUUUUACGACAUGUCGCUUGGCCGUCGUCGCGAGGAGCACCACGACCACGCAGCCGUCAGCGGGCGCCUUGCUGGAGAGAACAUGGCUGGCGCGCGCAAGCCGUACUUCCACCAGAGCAUGUUCUGGAGCGACCUUGGCCCCGAGGUCGGAUAUGAGGCCAUCGGUAUCGUCGACUCGUCCCUCCGCACCGUCGGUGUCUGGGCAGCCGCUUCGGAGAAGGACACGCCAAAGGCUGCGACGGAGGCCGGCAACAUCCGGGCCGGUGUUGACGAGUCCAACCCUGCGUCGUCGUCGAGCGGCGAGGGUGUGGACGACAGCAGCAGCAGCGCAGCGCCCACCGCACCCAGCAAGGAAUAUGGCAAGGGUGUUGUGUUCUACCUGCGUGACAAGCAAGUCGUCGGUGUGCUUCUCUGGAAUGUCUUCAACAAGAUUCCCGUGGCCCGAAGGUUGAUUCGGGAGAGCAAGGAGUACGAUGACGUGUCGGAGCUGACGAAGGUCUUCCGUCUCCACGAAAAGAGCGAGUGAUCCGCAGCCAACACCACUCCAGCCGAUGCCAGUCACACGUCGUGUUGCUCAACCUUCGACCCCUCAAUGCCAUGCACCCCCGUGCAAUUCUAACCACCACCGCCACCAAGCAACUGCUUGUUUGGGGCGUGUGGCUGUUGUUGUGGUUGGUUCCACCCCUGUUUGUUCGUUGUGUGGCCGUUUCGCUGCGUUGAAUACAAUCAUGAGCGUUAUCGUCAUCACUGGCGCCUUCACCCGCAA